CAUAAGACAUGAAUUUUAAUGUCUGGAAUAUCAAAGAGAUGCUCAGUAUUCCCUCAGGCUCUGGGACUACUAGGUCAUCUAACUGGAAUAAUAAUCAGACUGAUUACUCCAGUCUCAGUGAUUCCCAGUUCCUUUUUGGAUCCCAGUUCUGUCCAGAAAGUUCAGAGACCCUGUCAACACCCUUGGACUUUGGUGUCCAUUUGAGACAUCCAAAACAAUCACAACAGAAUUCUCUGGAUAGUGAACCUAGUAUUUUCACAAAGUACCAAACAAAACCCCAGCUGUUUGGAGGAGAUACAAAAGAUGGAGGCUUAUUUCCUCUUCCUUUGUCAGUCGGAAAAUCAAAAGGCCUCUUGGAACAGUUUGAGGAGAAAAAGAAAAGUGCAAAAGACAAAUGCGACAGUGAGACUCUAUACAACUUAAUUUCCCAUAUCAGAGAAAGCAUUCACAGGUUACAGACAUCUGUGGAAAACUCUGAGGAACAUCUCAGUUCAAGAAGCCAAACUAUUUUGGAUUCUUUGGAGACUGUGGCCAAGACAUUGCAAGAGACUGCGCAAGCCCAGAGUGAUCUGGUGUUGGAAACAAUGCAGGACAAAGGCAACAUGAAGCAGGCCAUCCUUGAAUUACAAAAGAGAUUUGAAGCUAGACAAGCAGAGUUUAUAGAAAUGAAGUCCAACCUGAAGCAACUUGAAGUUUUAGUUGCCCAGCAAAGUAAGGACUUGCAGCGGCUGUCUGAACAGCUAGGCCAGCUGAAUAUGCCUAGUGUCCUAGCUGAGCUAAAGCAACUGAUCUCUGUCCCUCAGAUACCAAGACAUUUGAAAGAGAGCACUUCUCAGACCUCACCACCUCUGGCCCAAAGCAUCAAUUUCACCAGGCAGGGAAAAAAUGCCUUUAAGGAACCAGUUAUGUGGCAAACUCAAGCCCUCCCUACUGCACGCAAUCUUAGUGUGGGCUCUCUGAGGCCUGGGGAGUUUGAUGUCUGGGGUGUGGGAGCAAAGAGUGAUGCUCUCCAAGAAGAGGCUACACGGGUGGCAGUUGGAACUGGCAAAAGAAACAAGCAAAUCAAGGACAAGGCAGUGCAGACCAACUGCCAGAAUAGGGCUAUUACUAAAACAGCCUCUGGCACCCUGGGCCAUAACGUUCCCAAUGAAAGGGACCUGGUUUUCCAAGGAGCCUCACAGCUUAUAUCCCUGGACUUAAACAACUUUGCAGCCAGCAUUAAGAACACCUGCCAAAAAUGUCAAACCAAAGGCAUGUUUUCGUGUGACUCUUGCGAACAAAGGUUGGUGAAUGGACAGAAAGGCAGAACUGUAGAAAGAGGGAGGAAAGGCAAGAAGCAGCAGAGGAAAGCCCCCAGAGGCAGGCUUCUAGCCAGGAAACAAGAACAAACCACAAGCAAAACCUGUGUUUCCCAUUCUAAAUAUCCUCAGCCUCCAGUUUCUGGCCCACAAAGGCCCCCUCAGAGGCAGCAGGAAGCCCUUGCUCAGUCCUUGCAUCUUCAGGGCCCCAGGAGCCCCACAAAGCCAGUCUUCUCUGCUCUGGGAGGCACAGUUAUGGCCACUAAGACAGCAAAGUCAAUGCAAGGGAACUUCUUGCAGCUCAGUGGACAUGCUUCCCAAGACAACAGCCUGCUUUCUUGCAGUUCUCAGGGGGACCACCAGAUGAGCUGGUUCAGUGACCUCAAUCUCGGAAGAGAGCCCCCUCUCUGCAAGGAGCUAGGGAAGAAUAUGCUCUAUGACCUGGGUUUUGACAGCAGUGAUGAUGGCUUCUGACCAGCCCACAGUGACUUCAGCUAAUGGCUUAUUGGCCUCAGCUGGAAAGACAAAUCACAGAACUCCUGGGCUAGCUGACAGCAGAAAGUCCCAGAAGCCUGCUUAGGACCCUCAGGAGCAGAGGCUGUGCUUGAUGGGGGUGGGUGGGCAAUGCAGGGCUGGAGAGCAGAUUAGGCAUUCUGGGCACCAGGUGCUGCCUAUGAUAGGGCAUAAGGGAUAAGUUCAUCCUUAUUUAUGGGGAUGAAAAGUGUGAAGAUGGUGAUGAUGAGAACUGGGGCAGCAGCCUGGGUGUGGGACAGGAGGAGGGUACAGUGUCAGGUACAAGGAGGGCUGCUUACCAUAUGGAAUAUCCAGUAGCAGAAGGGCUCUCACAAAACUGUUACUCUGGCAGCAUGACUCUCAAAAACAGCGUUUUUCAUCUUCAAAACAUUUCCUUCACAUGACCAAUACUUUUCUGAG